AUAGUUUUCAACAAAACUUGUGUUUCUAAUACUAUACAAAUCAGUGCUGAAAUCAAUUGUCUUAUCAUCACUUAAAUGGCGAUUAGUUUUUGAUUAAAAUCCUAAACCUAAGUGUCUUUGUAUCCAAUCAUUGUUUGUUUUUUUCUGUGAAACAAUUGAGUGAUUAAAUGAAGUGAUAAUAAAAUGAAGAACAGAAGGGCUAAAGUUGUCUAUUCAUAUGCACCACAAAAUGAUGACGAACUCAAACUAGAAGUCGAUGAAGUGAUUGAGGUGUUGGAUGAGAUUGAAGAUGGCUGGUGGAAAGGCAUAUCUCCCAAAGGCAUUACAGGUGUCUUUCCAUCUAAUUUCGUGGUCGAAGUGACCGCCGAUUCUCCGAAAAUCAGCAAAAAGACGGACAACGAUAAGAGUGACAACGAGUCGAUCGACGGCUCGAAGUCGUCGCUCAAUCGAGACGACAGCCUCGAGAAGAAGCCCAAACCGAUCAACAAAAUAGGUUUCGGCGAUAUCUUCGCGGGCGGUAUUAAACCGAAACUGACGCCAAUCGGCGACACGUCGUUAGAGCGCAACAAAAAUCUGCCAAAAAAACCUCCGCCACAACCGCCCGCCCCGGAGCCUGAGGUGGCGCCCAAACUGCCGCCCAAACCCGUCAGAGAACAGGCGCUGGUGUUGUACUCAUACGUCGCGCAGAACGAGGACGAGUUGUCCAUCAAAGAGGGAGAGAUUAUAAACCUGGUGUCGAAAGACAUCGAAGACGUCGGCUGGUGGAAGGGUGAGCUGAACGGCCGCAUCGCCCUCUUCCCCGACAACUUCGUCGAAAUCAUCAAAACGACGGACGAGUCGAGCGCGAAGCCGAGCCCCAAAAAGCCUGGUCGACCGGCCGAGAAGCCCCCGCCGCCCGUCGCCGCCUCCACGGCCGUGAAUAUAGCGAACCACUCGAAGACCGAAUCGAACAAGACUUCCAACAAACCGGCGGAAGAGUUGCCAAAAUCGACGACCGGUUCCAAUGUCACUGCCGCCGCUGCGCCGGUCAUACCCGUAAAAAAGCCAAAAGUAUUAAAUUCGUCAAUAUUUCAGUCGAAGCCAAAAGCCGAACCGACACCACAAACGCCCCCACCUUCUCGUGUUAAGCCGGAUGUCGUCCCCCAAGAAAACGGCUCGAAAUCGGACGCCGAUGUGAGCGUUAAUAACAAGUCUAUUGUGACCGCAAAUAACAGUUCAGAAAACAAUUUCGUCGACUCCACCACUAAUAAGUUGACUCAUUUGACGGCCAACCGACCGAAGGGGCCGUCGUCUCGUCGGCCGCCCUCUACGAUAUUCAUACCGAAAGACUCGGGCAAUGAGUCUAAAGAAAAUGGUGACAUAUCCAUGGUCUCCAACAAGAGUGAGACCAACACUAGCCAUACGAACGAUCACAUAAAGCCAUCAGCGCUGUCGCAAACGCCACCCGUCAAGGAGGUGGUCGAGAAGCUGCCCCCUUGGAUGCUAGAGCUGCGUAAGGCUCAGGAGAAGCGCAAAGAGAAUCCGGACGACUCGCCAAAAGGACUCAAUUCGCCGACAAAGUCCACUCCCAAUAGGUUUUCCGGCGAUUUCACGAGUAAAUUGUUGCAGAACUCAACUUCAACUCCAGACGAGAACGACUCCACUUCAACGCCACCGCUGUUUAAGCCAUUAAAGUCGACAAAACCGAGCAUCGCGUCCAACGCAGUAACGUCUGUUACGCCGACGGCACCCGAAACGCCGAGUCCUGUCUCGGAGUCGCCCCGACAUUCACUACUGUCGUCGUCCAGUGCGACGACGGCCCCGACAUCGACAUCGACGCCGAACAAAACUAAUAUAGUCAUCAACUCGUCGAUCGCUUCAUCGACAGCCACAACCACCACACCAACACCGCCUAAAGUCGAGGACAGUGUCAGUAACUCGACGACCGAUAAAAGAUGUGCCGAAUUGGAGAGACAGUUGCGAGAGCUUAAAGAAUCGACGGUUAGUCGAAAGGACUUCGACGAGCUCUCCAAACAGGUGACUGAACUGCGAGAGGCGUUCGACACACAGAAACAGACUUACAGUAAAACGAUUAGAGAUCUCAUUAACGAUGUGGCGGACGAACAGAAAAAGGUGGCCACUCUUCAGAUAGAGAUCGACAGACUCCGGAAGCUGACCACAACUGUAUGACCGAUGGGGUGCACACCCGGUGGACACCACGCAGUCUUCUUCACACUCUAAACCGCACACCAAAUGUCUUAACGUUUUGAUCCUUGUAUUCGUUUGUCUCCCGAAGUCUCUUCGAAAAAGUCUUCAACUGUUUGUUAAUGUUUUUUCCGAAUCAUGUUUUUAUUCGUUACUAAUUCUUAAUGUUUUAAUUAUUUUUAUUUAAUUAAUAUUUACUCAAAACUCCCUGUCGUGUGUUUAAACUGUUUUGUUUGUUUGGGAC